GCCUGCGCGGAGAGCCCCCUCUCAGGGACCAGGCUGGGAGGCGAGGAAAAGGAACGUGGGGCGCGGGAGGCCCACUGCAUACGCAGGCGCACUCGGCGAUCCCGGCUUUUCGGCGCACCCGUUCCAGCACAGGCCUUGGGGCGGGGCCUCGGGUGCAGGGGCGGGGCCGGGGCGGGGAUAAAUGCGGAGGGACUGUCCGGCUUUCGCUCUCAGCUCGCAGCCGCUGCAGUCGCCGCCACCUCCUCUGAUCUACUAAAGUCAUGUUACCCAACACCGGGAGGCUGGCAGGAUGUACAGUCUUUAUCACAGGUGCAAGCCGUGGCAUUGGCAAAGCUAUUGCAUUGAAAGCAGCAAAGGAUGGAGCAAAUAUUGUUAUUGCCGCAAAGACCGCCCAGCCACAUCCAAAACUUCUAGGCACAAUCUAUACUGCUGCUGAAGAAAUUGAAGCAGUUGGAGGGAAGGCCUUGCCGUGUAUCGUUGAUGUGAGAGAUGAACAGCAGAUCAGUGAUGCAGUGCAGAAAGCCGUCAAGAAAUUUGGAGGAAUUGAUAUUCUGGUAAAUAAUGCCAGUGCCAUUAGCUUGACCAACACACUGGACACACCUACUAAGAGAGUGGAUCUGAUGAUGAACGUGAACACCAGAGGCACCUACCUUACAUCUAAAGCAUGUAUUCCUUAUUUGAAAAAGAGUAAAGUUGCUCAUAUCCUCAAUAUCAGUCCACCACUAAACCUAAAUCCAGUUUGGUUCAAAGAGCACUGUGCUUAUACCAUUGCUAAGUAUGGUAUGUCUAUGUAUGUGCUUGGAAUGGCAGAAGAAUUUAAAGGUGAAAUUGCAGUCAAUGCAUUAUGGCCUAAAACAGCCAUACACACUGCUGCUACGGAGAUGCUGGGAGGACCUGGUAUCGAAAGCCAGUGUAGAAAAGUGGAUAUCAUUGCAGAUGCAGCAUAUUCCAUUUUCCAAAAGCCAAAAAGUUUUACUGGCAACUUUGUCAUUGAUGAAAAUAUCUUAAAAGCAGAAGGAAUACAAAAUUUUGACAUCUAUGCAAUUAAACCAGGUCAUCCUUUGCAACCAGAUUUCUUCUUAGAUGAAUACCCAGAAGCAUUUAGUAAGAAAAUGGAAUCAACUGGUGCUGUUCCAGAAUUCAAAGAAGAGAAACCGCAGCCGCAACCAAAACCACGUUCUGGAGCUGUGGAAGAAACAUUUAGAAUUGUUAAGGAUUCUCUCAGUGAUGAUAUUGUUAAAGCCACUCAAGCAAUCUAUCUGUUUGAACUCUCCGGUGAAGAUGGUGGCACGUGGUUUCUUGAUCUGAAAAGCAAGGGUGGGAAUGUCGGAUAUGGAGAGCCUUCUGAUCAGGCAGAUGUGGUGAUGAGUAUGUCUACUGAUGACUUUGUAAAAAUGUUUUCAGGGAAACUAAAACCAACAAUGGCAUUCAUGUCAGGAAAAUUGAAGAUUAAAGGUAACAUGGCCCUAGCAAUCAAAUUGGAGAAGCUAAUGAAUCAGAUGAAUCCCAGACUGUGAAGGAAAAGAUUAAAAAAAAAAAAAUAUAUCGACUGCUAUGCUCAAAAAGUAAAAAAAGCUCAACAGUUAAAAUCUAAUGUUUGUUUUCUUCCCUGUUGUGUUAUAAGGAUAUGCACGUUUGUUCUGGAAAAAAUAGAAAUUUGUCUCUAAAAGACCUGAAAUUGUAAUUAAAACAGCAACCUAAUCAAACAUAAGCAUCAUUAAGUGGGAUUCUAAGACAGUAUGUGUUUUUAUAUUUCAAGGGUUUAACCCUUUGAGCCUUACAUCUCACUCACUGUCUUUCUCCAGGAAAAGUAUUUUGGGCAGCCAGUCAGAUCAAGCAGUAAAAUUAGCUCUUUGUCAUGUAAAAUGAAGCUAGUCUGUUUUAAAAUUUUUAGUUUUGGAUUGUAUACUAAUGAAAAUUUUAAUGUAUUUGAUUUUUAUAUACAUAUUUUAAAGAAAAUCGUAUAUAGUGCAUUUAACAAAAAUCACAAAAAACGAAUUAACUACUACUGGUGAGGACUAAAUGAAACAAUCAUUUUUCAUUUUGAUAACUAGCUUUCCAGGUAGACUUAGCCAUAGGAAAAUAUUACUAAUGUAAUUUAACAAAUUGCAGUAUGUAUUCUAUGUAAAAAUAUGUUUAAAUUGUCCUAAAACAAAAUAAUUUUCUCCCUAGGAGUAUGCAUUUGGCUACCAUGUUUUGAAACAGGAACCUUAGAAUAGGGCAUUGGUAUGGGCUGAAUUGUGUAACCCCCAAUUCCUUUGUUGAAGUCCUACCUCCCAUUUCUAUUUGGAGAUGAGGUCUUUAAAGAGGUGACUGAGUUCAAAGGAGGCUGUUAGUCUAAUCCAACACGGUGUCCUUUGGACAUAAGAGAUACCAGCGAUGCGUGCACAGAACAAGGACCAGGAGAGGACAUAGUGAGAAGGCAGAUGUCUGCAAGCAAAGAGAGAGGCCUCAGAAGAAACAAAAUCACCAGCACCUUGAUCUUUGACUUCUAAUCUCCAGAAUAGUGAGAAAUAAAUUUCUGUUGUUAAGCCGUCCAGUGUGGGAGGCCAAGGCAGGAGGAUUGCUUGAGGCCAGGAGUUCAAGGCCAGCCUGGACAACAUAGUAAGACCCUAUCUCUACCCACCAAAUAAGUUAAUUUAAAAAGCCACUCAAUCUGUGGGUUUUUUUUAUGGCAGCCCUCGCAAGCUGAUACAGUGGUUUGAGAGGCUGGGAGGGUUGAGGGGAAGAUAAACUCUAAAAAAGCUCUUAUCUUUCAUUUCAAUCAGUUAAAAAUACUUGCUCAGCGUAACAAUUUUGCUUCUCAUCUUCCACUCUAAUAUUAUUGUGCCAUUAAGCAAUUUAGCUAAUCCUGACAUUUCUUAGAAUCAUAAUGUCAGGAGCAUUUAAUCUGUAUUUUACAAGUUAGGAAGCAGAGGAUCAGAGAUGGGAAAGGAGUAGCCCAAGGCCAAAAUUAACAAGCCCUAUCUAACAAAAACUUUCCAAUACAUUUAUGUUGAAUGGAACUCCAAGAUCUCACCUCUCCAUCCAGGAAUGGAGUCCAUGUAAUCAAAGUGAACUUAAAAAUAGGACAGUUUCAACAAGUCCAGAGAUUCACUGCAACUGAUCAAAGGGAGUCCAGUCAACAUGAGCCAGCGUGAUGACGACGAGGAAGCCCCCUCUGCUUUAAUCCACACAAGGAACGUAACCUGAAGUAACCUGAUGUUAACCAAUCUGCUACUUCUACUAUGCUGUUUCCUUGUUCCUGCUAGUGCUGCCUGACAAAUGCAGACCGUUCUGUCACACCUGGUGGAGCUUCUGUUUAUUUUGUAGGCUGGAUGCUGCCCGGUUCAUGAAUCGCUAAUAAAAGCCAAUUAGAUCUUUACAA